CGUGCGCAACCGUUGUACACAAGUCCUAUGCGACAGCAAGUUGUGAGACAUGGUUAACAGGAAGUAAAACGCAAGAAAAGAAACAUCUGUAACCUGCUAUACGUGGGUUGAAUUCACUCAGCCCUUGUUUCGACAACAGCCGCCAAAGUGGCAGGUUUUGCCAAGAGUUGGUGGGGUGAGGCGUACGGGCUGGGGCCGUUUCGAAGCGACUCGCGUCACCCUCGGGGGGCAAAGAUGACAGUGGUGUGCCCAGAGAUCCGUGAUGAAAUUCUGACGGUGAACCCAAUGCAAACAGAUGGAAGCGAUUUGGAGCGAGGAGACCAGGAAUGUAGCGAGUUGGUGGUGAUCAACAUCUCUGGCCUGCGUUUCGAGACCCAGGUGAAAACCCUCGCGCGGUUCCCGAACACUCUAUUGGGGGACCCUCGUAAAAGAAUGCGGUAUUUUGAUCCAGUGAAAAAUGAGUUCUUUUUCGACAGGAACCGACCCAGCUUCGAUGCCAUCCUGUACUUUUAUCAGUCUGGAGGGCGUCUCCGGAGGCCUAUCAAUGUGCCGGUUGAUAUGUUUAUGGAAGAAAUUAAAUUUUACGAGAUCGAAGAUGGUGUGCUUGACAAUUUUAUUGAAGACGAGGGUUUGUCAAAAGAAGAACAACGACCAAUGCCAUCAAACGAACUUCAGCGUCAAAUAUGGCUGAUGUUUGAAUAUCCCGACAGUUCUGGAGCAGCAAGGAUUAUUGCCAUAGUCUCCGUAUUGGUCAUUUUGAUAUCUAUUGUAAUAUUUUGUUUGGAAACGUUACCAGAGUUCAGGGAAGAAACCAGUGUAUUCAGUAACCACCUUCUGAAUGGGACAACCAAUGAGGAAAAGCACAAUCCGUUCACAGAUCCAUUUUUUAUAUUGGAGACUCUCUGUAUAGUGUGGUUCUCCUUUGAAUUUGUGGUGAGAUUCCUGGCAUGUCCUAGCAAGACUACUUUCUAUAAAGACAUCAUGAAUGUGAUUGAUAUUGUGGCUAUUGGGCCAUAUUUCGUUACUCUGGGCUUGGAGCUGGCAGAAACCCAAGGAGGCCACCAACAGGCUGCGUCAUUAGCCAUUCUGAGAGUUAUCCGGUUGGUGAGAGUGUUUCGCAUCUUCAAACUCUCCCGCCACUCCAAAGGUCUCCAGAUUUUGGGGCGGACCCUACGCGCAAGCAUGAGAGAACUCGGUCUCUUGAUUUUCUUCCUCAUCAUUGGCAUCGUAUUGUUCGCGAGUGCAGUGUUCUUCGCAGAAGCUGAUGAUCCAGCAGCUGGAUUCCCGAGCAUCCCUGAUUCGUUCUGGUGGGCAGUUGUGACUAUGACGACCGUGGGCUAUGGAGACAUGAGCCCGGUGACCAUUGGAGGAAAAUUAGUAGGAUCCAUGUGUGCCAUUGCUGGUGUGCUAACUAUUGCCCUACCCGUACCUGUCAUCGUAUCAAAUUUUAGCUAUUUCUAUCGCAGGGAAAACGAUAAGGAGGAUGAUAGAGAAUACGUCCAUGUCACAUGCGCUCGGGAAGGGUCAUUUUAUGUCGAAGUGAAGGAAAACGAUAGUAAGCCUUCUCUCAUUCAUGCUGAAAUGAUGGAAGACGAUUUGGAUACAUCUAGAUACAUCAACCUCGGUUCUCUGGAGACUUACACUGGGAAGCUGACAGAUGUCUGAGCGUACAAACAACUCCUGGAUGCUUCAACUUUUCUGUUGAAGAAUUAAGUUUUUACUUUUGAAAUGUAUUAUAUUCUUCUCCAAAAUUAUCUGAAUAAUUUGAUUUAUACACAUAUAUUCAAAAAAACACAGAUUACAAGAUCGAAAGGUGAAAAUUGCAUGUACCGUAUUCUGUGUGUGGCGUCAUAUCCUAUGCCCACCUGUGCAGAACCUUAGUAGGCUGAAUGGCACUGAAGCUGUUACCCUGAUGUUUUCGACUGACCUAUAACCGACAUUGUGAGGUCAAAGUGGAACCGUUCAGCUAAUGUGAGAGGAGGUGGUGUUUAAAGGUAGCCUAAUAGACUAACCACCCGUGGGCCUACUGUGCUGGCUGUCUAAACACUUCUUCGUCUGACGGUGUCGGAGCGCCAUUGUGUGGUGGAAUGUUGAACAGCAGCAGAAAACAGUGCAAAAAGGCUGCCUUCUCUGGCUGCG